AUGAAGGAAGCAAUCAUCGACAACACUCUCCACGUUGAGAUUCAUGACGUCCCCCUACCGACCCCGGGCCCUGGGCAAAUCCUUAUCCGGACGGUGGUUUCGGGGACCAACCCAAAGGAUUGGAAAAUGCCCAAACUUUGGGCUCCGAAUAACGAACCGAUGAACCACGGAGACGACAUUGCCGGCUACGUGGAGCUUGUAGGCGAAGGCGUGACGGGCUUCCAGAAGGGAGAUCGUGUUGCGGCGUUCCACGAGAUGGGCAUGCCGCACGGAAGUUUCGCCGAGUACUCCGUUGCGUGGGCUCGCUCAUCGUUCCACUUGCCGGGGCAUGUUACCUUUGAAGAGGCGGCAACGGUUCCGCUCGCUGCGAUGACGGCCGCCCUUGGACUUUACCAAAACCUUCAACUGCCUCUGCCCUGGAAGCCAGCCGCCGAAGCCUUGCCAUUGAUCGUCUAUGGGGGUGCUACAGCUGUUGGCUCUUUUGCUAUAAAGCUUGCGUCUCUCUCAAACAUCCAUCCCAUUAUCGCCAUCGCAGGCAACGGGAUUCCCUAUGUUGAGACAUUGCUUGACAAAGAGAAGGGCGACGUGGUCAUUGACUAUCGCAAGGGGGAGGAAUUUAUCCUCGAGCAGGUUCAGAAGGCCAGCGGAGGCUCCCCAAUCGCCUACGCACUCGACGCGGUCUCUGAGGAAAAAACUAUCAGGACAAUCGACAAGGCCCUAGCCCCCGGCAAGGGCAAGAUUACCAACUUCCUUCCAGUAUUUCCUGAGGGCGUUUCCGCGGAGAUACGUAACACUAUGGUGGGCAGCAUACACUCGCAGAGAGCCACCUCGUCGGGCUCUGUGCCUACGCUUGGAGACAGAGAAUUCGGUGCCGUCUUCUUUGCAUUCCUGGGUCGCGGCCUUGAAGAAGGCUGGUUUCGUGGGCACCCGUACGAAGUACUUGCGGGAGGGUUGGAUGCCGUGGAGACGGCUCUCAAGAAUCUUGAGGCGGGGAAAAACUCUGCGAAAAAGUACGUGUUGAGAGUAUCCGAGACAAAGGGUGUCAAGAGUGUUACCAAGUAA